GCGAACCUCGGCAAGUACCGCAUGUGGAACCGAGGCGGCUUCGAACCAGAAGGGCACCAGGCGCUGGGCACAGACGUGUGGGUCGGUGGCGCCCGGACGCCAGCGAAGCACCGCGGCCUCAAGGUGCUCGGCACGCCCCUGGGUACGCCAGCGUUCGCAGCCAGGUGUGCCUGGGCCCUCCUGCCACGGUGCAACCACGUGCUGCGCACGCUGCCGCCAUCCCUGUCGCAGCCUUACGCGGAGGGGCACGACCGCUCGCUCCAGGAAGCGCUGCGCGGCUUCCUCGACCUUGCCCCCACGACGGCGGACGCGGAAAGACUCUUCCGCGUGAGUUCGCUGCCGCUCGGCCCCGGCGGUCUCGGGCUGAGUGCAGCAGCGCGCACGGCUGAGUGUGCCUACUGGGCGUCGUGGGCAGACGCGCUCCCCAGGCUGCGACAAAGAAACCUUCUAGCAGCAGCAGAGCUCACCUCCGCCCUCCGCGCUGGGACAGGCGCCGCGGCCGAGUGUCUCCAGGAGGCCGGGCGCGCUGGGGUCGCAGCCACUCGCGACGGCUUUGCUUGCCCAAACUGGCAAGAGGUCUGGGACGGCGCGCGCCCGCAGCAGACGGAGCCAGAGCCUGGCGAGUGGAAGCACGGAUGGCAGUACCACGCGGCGGGGGACCACGUCCGCACCAACGUGUUCUUGCGCGACAUGAACCUGCCAGGCAUCCGGGCCGACGACAGGCGCCGAGUCGAGGUCGCCAUCGACGCCUGCAUGGCCUGCCGCGCGCCCGGACUUGUGCUUCAGCGAGCCCGCCGCCACAAGCAGACCACCUACCCCGAACUCGUGGGCCCCAGGCGCAGCUAUUUCUUGGUGGCCGGAUCAGAAACGGGCGGACGCUGGGACGAGGAAGCGUACAAGUUCCUCGUGGUCUCGGCGCGGGCCCGGGCCAGGGGCGCGCCAGAUGCGCUUCGAGGGUCGCUGACAAGGGCGCUUCUGCACAGGUGGACUGGCAUGCUGCCCUUUGCCAUCCACGAUGCCUUGCGGCUAGCCUACUAA